AUGUAUUUUGCACCAACAAGUAAUAUCACUUCAAUUAACAAUAAUCAUCAGCAUAAUACUAGUGAACAACAAUCACAAGUUUUGAUAAGCAGCGAUAAUAAUAUCACACCACUUAUAACAAGUGAUUUCGAAGAUCAACCAAAUAAUCAUUUAUAUAAUUUUACAACUGUUCAGCAACAACAAAUCUUUCCUACUUCGCCAAUUUCUUCGCCAUCUCAACCAACAAUUUCUUCAUCUAAUACACAUUUAGUGAAUAAUCCAAAUACAAACAGACUUUUCGUCCCAUCUCCACCUUUAUCCCCAAUGAAUACAUCGGCUCUCGGUAGUCCAAAUCGUAGUUGUUCUUCAUGCAAGAAACGUAAAGUAAAAUGUGAUCGUAAAACGCCUUCAUGUUCUGCUUGUAUAAAAUCGAAGAAUCGAUGCCUAUACACUUCUUAUUCACCACCCGCAGCUUUUCUCAAUCAAUCUUCGCCAUCUUCAUUGUCUUCUCCGACAUUCUCCCAAUUACGAGAAAAUGACCAACAGGUCGAAUCAAUUAAAUCGGAAAAUGAAUUGGAAAAUGAACAUUUUAAUUUGUAUAAUAAUGAAGAAAUUAUUAUGGAAGAUCGAUCAGAGGAACUAAUUAAAUCUUUACAUGAGAGAUUGGAUCAAAUUGAGAAUAUAGGGAGACAACGAUUUGAGCAUAUACAGAAAAUUCAACAACAAUCAUCACAAUUAUCGUCAUUACAACAAACACAAUUCCCUUAUUUAUUAGCUGAUGAUGACGCCGCAAUGCUUAAACUAAUUAUGGAAAAUCCAAUCGUUCCGCAAAACACAUCUGAAAAUUAUCUUUCAACUUCUGUAUCAGAAUUAAUACCAAACACGGUACAGUCAUCAGAUGAUAAUACAUCGAUAAUUAAUGAUAAUAGUCAUCCCACAAUUAAAGCUUCCCACUCCUCUCUAUCAUCUCCAAUUUCUUCCCCAGCAUCUUCAUCUCAUAUAAUACGUAGUUUUAAUGUUAACGACAGCAAUAGCAAUAGUGAUAGUCAUAACUUAAAAAGUCAGAAUCAUCAUGGACCACAUUCAAAUAGCUAUAGUCCAUAUUCAUUACCACAACAUCAUCGAAGUUUUCAUCGGCAAAUGAUACCGACGACACCUUUAGUUUCAAUAAAAGCCAAAUCAAUAUUGGGACCUCGAAUUGCUCCAAUUUUGAAUGCCAUUACUACUAUUCAUUUGAUACGUGAUGUCAGUCAACCGAACGACAAUAUCGUGCGAAAUGGAAAUUUGAACUUCCCGGUUGAGACUGGAUUCAAACAUUUACAACAUUUACAGCAUUGGAUACAAGAUCGUUUCCAAACAGUUGUGAAUGAAUUGAGUUCUGGGAAUCUGAAUAAAGAAAUAACUGAUGAGAUUCUUAAAGUUGGGGUUGAAAAAUUGGAAUUACGACCAAUUAUGAAGGAAAGAAUCAUCGAGAAUGGAAAUGGGCUAGUAGAAUCAAAUGCGUACUCGCAACUAUUUGAGAUGAUAUUUUAUCGAAGACGACAAAAAGAUAAAGACGAUUUUCCAAUAGCUAUCAAAUCCGAGCCUAUGAUAAAUGAAGGAAAAGGCACCUCCGAACCCGAAAUGGCAAAAACCCAGGUCAUGAUAUUGACUACAAAGCAAAUACAUUUCCAUCAACGAGUAACGAUGCAUAUUUGGAAAAAAUUUAUGCUAUUUUGCGAAUAUUUGUUAGCGGAAUUCCGUGGAUACGAGAAAAUACCAGGCUGGUUGAUACCAAAGAACCCCAUGAAAACAAAAUUGGUGUUACUUGUGGUGGUGGUGAAUGGAGUGAUGGGACAAGGGCGAGCAAUCGUCAAUCUUCCAACGGAACACGCGGGAUACAUUAAUUUUCUUCAACAUGAGCUUAAUGAACUGAAAAAAGAAUUUGAAGGGGCGAGCGAUCAAAAUUUCCAUCUUUCAGAAUCUAUUGACGAGUUGCAAGGAGAUAUUGCGGAUUAUGAAAAUCAUACCUAUGAGCUAGAAGCGAGAAUUUCCGAGCUCGAAGAUGAAAAUAAAAAUUUGAAACAAGAAUUCGACGAACUUCAUAAUCAGUAUGGUCGAUUCCAGUUUACAAAUAAUACAUUAAAUCAUUAUGAAAACCAAAUCAAGACGCUUCGGUAUCAAGCUGAAGAACUCCAAUAUUCGGUUGACGAAUUAGAAACGCAGAAUGAAUGGUUCAAAAGACACACCGAAAAUCUAUAUGAAGCAAAUCAAAAACUCAGAGUCAACAAUGAAUUACUUGAAGAUAAAAAAGAGCAGAUCUUUGAAUUUCUUAAAGACUUCAAGUUAUAUACGAAGAACCCGUGA